UGUGUCUACUGUACUGCCUGUGUGAUGUGAUUCUUCUGACAAGUUUGCAUUUACCGAAUAGGCCCAGCGAGAAAGAGGUGAGGAGGGAAAAGGGGGGCUGCAGUAACCGUAGUGACAGCAGCAGCCGCGUCUCUUGAGGAGUGAGGGAGUCAAGAGAAGUGCACAUUUUUUUCAUCUUUCGACUGAGCCUGUCUUGUGGAUUAAGUCUUCUUUUCUAAGCCAAAAUACAAGAGCUCAUCCUCCGACUCUGUCGCACUCUCCGUCUCUUUCCCUCUCUCUCUCUGUCUGCCUGGCACUGCCAUCGUAGGCAGUAUUUACUGUACAUGGCACAGUGGGCAGCUCUGUUUGCCUCUCUUUCACGCCAUCCCUCAUCAUCUCUCUGAACUUAAUUCUUUAACCUUCUUUAACCGUCUCAUUUUACUCUCCUCUUUCACAUUUCAUAAUUUAAUUCCUUCCAUCUCUCCUGCUCUCCCUGUUGCGUCCUCCUUCUGUCUUCCUCUCUCUCUUCUUUCUGCUUUCUCCGACCAAAGCACUGUGCAGCCAGAGGAAUUAGCUUUUAGCCUUUGCUUUUAGCUAUCUACGUCUUCACUGAGAAUAAGGCUUUAAGGGGUGACCCCUUCCACCACCAUCCUCUGGCGUCCUCUACUGACCUGUCCCCACCCUGCCUCCCUCCCCCCCACCUGCUACUGCAGGGUGGGAUGGGCAGGGUCUGGGCGAGUUAGCCAGGGGCUCGAAGGAUAGCAACAGGGCAGGCAAUGCCAGAAGUGCAAGGAGGAGGUGGGUGCUCGUGGGGCAAGUGGAAGCUGAGGAAGGGAGGCAGCCGUUCAGCCAUCCCAGCACUUUUCACCAUCACUGAGGAAGAGGACGGGCGCAGAGAUGCUCGCAGGAGGAAGAAAAGAGCAUCUUACUCCCAGUAUAAAUCGGAGGAUGGCAGAGCGUCUUCAGCCACCCGUCCUAGCUCCUCGGGCUCCGGACAGACCUACACUCCCACCUUGACCCCAACCCCCACCCCGACUCAUACCACCAGCAACAGCUCUGGUAACAAUGCUGCCUACAAAACAGACUCGUUGCUUUUCAACAAGAUCGACGAGAGACAGAGGUUAGCCCGUGAGCGUCGGGUGGAGCGUGAGAAACAGAAUGCUGUCAAGGAGGCCCAGUGGCAGGCACGUGAGGAGCGAGCCAGGCAGCACUAUGAGAAGCAGCUGGAGGAGAGGAGGAAAAAGCUGGAGGAGCAGAAGAUAAAGGAGGACAAGAGACAGGCUGCCGCAGAGGAGAAACGGCGGCAGAAACUUGAGGAAGACAAGGUUCGUCAUGAGAUGGUGAUGCGUCGGACGUUGGAGAGAAGCCAGAAAACCAGACAGAAACCCGUCCGGUGGUCUUGGGGAGGGGCACUGCACACAAACACUCCCACCACGACAGCCGGUUUUGUCGAGUCAGCUUUCCUCUAUCCACUCGACCUUGCUGGACUGGAGCACAUGCAGAGUGCUUUCAGUCUCUACCGCAGAUACGGAGUGACCUCCCAAUAUGCUGAGAGGCGGUCAGUGUCCACAAUGAAUUUAUCCAAACACACAGACCCUGUGUUUACCAAGCGCCUCUCCUACUCCUCUGCCACACUCGUACACUCACCAGACCGAGGUUUACAGAUGAGAACAUCCUCCUCCCCUGUCAUUAGCAAAGCUCAGUCAAAACCCCGCCUACACCAGGGACAGACCACCCAGCACAAAAACACAGGCCUGCGCCGCCUUCCGUUGACGCCAUGGGAGAGCAAUGUGGUGAACCGCCUGCAGCAGCCAACACACUCCUACCUGGCUCGUAGCCGCAGUGCCAUGAGUCUGUCUGGAGAGCAAACAGCCAUUCCUGUUUGUCCUCGCUCAGUGUCCUGUCACCCCAUGGGCUCCAUGUCCUUCAAAGCCCUGCAAGCCCAGCCACUUCCUCACUGCCGCAGCCAGGAGAGGAACCUCAGCAGGGGGGGGGUCUCGUCUACCACCACGACUGCUCGCAGGAGGACCACUGGCAACACACAGCAGAAGGACCGUGACCAUGUCAGGAAGUCAUGGAGCAACCUCUCACUCCCAUUGGCUCCCAUUCUGAGCUUGCCCCCCAAAAAGCGCUCCUCUUCUCCAAGCAAGAAGACCAACAAAGUGACAGCUCCCUCUCCUGGCAGGCCUCCACAAAAAACAGGAGGGCGCCCUCCAACCCCCAAGCUGCUUAAGUCUCCGGGGACAGAGGAUCCUGGAAAUCUUCGUCCUCACAGGAUCACGCCUGAGAGCCCCCAGCCCACCAGAGCCCAAGAAGGGGAGGAGGACGAGCAGGUCCUCAGUCCCCCUCAGCCUCGCCCUCAGCCCCUGGGUCAGAACAAGACCAGUAAUGAGCAGACACCAGCUGCAGCCAGCGAGAGCGUAAGCAGUCCUCCAGCCCACAAGUCCUCAGCAGGCACCACAGAUCCAGAGGAGGCGAGUCGUAUCCUGACUGAGAAUCGUCGGCUGGCCCGCGAGCAGAGGGAGCGAGAAGAAGAGGAGCGCAAGCAACAGGAGGAGCAGCGCAGGUUAGCGAAGGAGGAGAUGGCUCGCCGUAAAGCUGAGGAGCGGGCAAAGAGAGAGGAGGAGGCUCAGCGUCAAGCGGAGGAGAUGAGAAGGAAGGAGGAAGAGGAGAGAAAGGUUGAGGGAGAGAGGCUUCAGAAAGAGAGAGAGGAGGCAGAGAGACUGCAGAAACAGAAAGAGGAGGAAGAGUCUCGACAGAGAGAGGAGGCGGAGCGCCUGAGGCAGGAGAGAGAGAAACACUUCCAGAAAGAGGAGGCUGAGCGCCUGGAGAGAAAAAAAGCGUCUAGAGGAGAUCAUGAAGAGAACAAGACGUUCAGACACAACAGAAAAGAAAGUUGUUCCCAACAGGAAUGGAAACACUGCAGGGACCCCCGCCACCCCGAGUCCAUCUGAAGUGACUGUGUCACCAACACACAAUAGCAACGGUCGCCAACCUGAGGCCAACCCAAACCCCAACACCACCGCACUGAGCCAUCCUGACCAGAGGGAAAACGGGGAAUUUGAAGAGGUGAUUGUACUGCCUUCACAUUCCAGGUUGUCUCCUCCUGAGGGAGAGGAGCAGCAGCAGGAGGGGGAGGAGAGAGUUCCUGUCUUAGCCUUCAGGGAGAACGGCCUCUUAAA